CCUCCAGUGACACUGGCUUCACGUUUUCAGUCAGCGGUUGUUUCAAACAAGUGAAACAUCCGGGUUUCUUCUAAACUCAGCCGCCAGACCGUCACUGUUCUGUUGCGUAUUACUUGGAUGCAGAAUGAUGGGACAAAAUAGUUCAAAGGUGCAGCUUCUUUUCAUGACCUGAAAAAGCUAAAAAGGCUGGACAUACUUCUAGAUGAACACAUCAGUGCGUGAAAUCCAACUCUUCUCUCAGACUGACUUCUCCUACUUUCUACGAGUGGACUGGGACGGGCGUGGAUUAGGCUUCGGCUUCAAGUUGCUUUUGACAGAUGGACAGAAGGCAUGGAGAGGAAAGGUGAGUGAGGCGGUGGUGGAUGAAGAGGCAGAGGAACUGGAGAUGGUGAAGGAGAAGUACAUCCAGGACCUCCAGCAGGCUCUAACAGAGCCAGAACCCUCUGACUCCUACUGCUUCACCUUGAAGCCACACCCACCCACCAGUGGCUGCACUGUGACUCUGACAUAUGAGAAGAUGCAGAAGGACAUAUCCUUCAAACUUGGCUCCGUCUUGCUAGAAGCCGUAGAGGAGCCAGCUGAGGCAGUGAGAGAGGUGCUGAUACACACACUGCAGCGAGGAAACACACUGCAGCAACACAACCACAAACUGAAGGAGGAGAACCAGAGGCUGAUGCAGGAACACCAAUACAUCACUGAAAAGCUGACGCACUACGCUGAAGGUGUAGAGACCCUGAAGGCAGAGCUCUACUCUCGGUUUGUUCUGCUCCUCAAUGAGAAGAAAACAAAGAUUCGGAGUCUGCAGGAGGCUUUCACAAAGCUGCAGGAAACAAGGAAUUCUGAUGAACAGAAAAACAAAGAUUCUGCAAAAUCUGAUCAAACAGCAGGUCACAACAGCGAGGACGAUGAAUAUGGAGGCAGUACUGAUGAAGAGCUGAAGGAAGAGAAAUCAACAGGAGCUUCUCAUAUGUCAUCUCGAGAUUCUGCUACUCCGAGCCCUUUGAAUCUCCGCGACAUCACCGAUGUUGCUCCCUGUCGCAAGCGUCGUUUCCGCCAUCUUGGUCCUCCAGAGCUCGCUGUGAAAAAGCAGAAUCCAGAGGCAGCACAGAAGAAAAGGACACACUCCUCUGCAGCAUCCAGUCAGCUGCAGACUCCCCAGCGCUCUGUAGAUGCUACAAAAGCAGCUUCAGCAGGAACUUCAGAAGCUGAAGACCUAUUUGAUGAUUUCUGAUUUUCAAACAGCCUCUGUUCCAUUACUGCUGCAGGUAUUCAUCUCAAAGGCUUUUUUCUAAAAGUAAGGUGAAUAAGUGAUGGUGAUGACACUAAACCCUUUAAUAAUGAGCUAUCUGUAAAUGCAGAAGAACAUAUACAUAUAUAUUUGUAUCUAUGCUGAGAAUCAAUGCCUUCAUAAAAGAUACAUAUUUUUGUCAAAUAUGUAUGUUUUUUUUUGUCAAAUAUCACAAUAAAUUGGAAUUUGAGUGUCCUUACAAUAAAAAAGACAACAGUGUACAUAAAAUGUAAGAUUUAUGUUUUUCCUGCUAUAUGUACGUCUAGCCUAAUGGAUUAUUUGUAUUGAUGAGUAGUUCGUAUUUCAAAAUGUAUAAAUAUUAACGCAUUGUGUUUUUUGGCCUUUUUUCACGUUUUGAAUUUUUUAUGUUAUUAAAUAGAAGAAACAAUUA